AUGUUCUCAUUGCAGCAUUGUUUUACGGCAACCACCAGCCCAUUCUCCCUUCUUGGUGCCAUCCGAACGGCCACAAAACGCGCUGGUGGCACCGUCCACAACCAUGGUGGCUCCGCCGGUAAACGUCUAGGUCUCAAAAAGUUUUCAGAUCAAUAUGUUAUACCGGGCAAUAUCAUUGUUAGACAACGCGGCACUGUCUUCCAUGCUGGUCCUCAUGUGAAGAUGGGCCGCGACCACACAUUGUACGCCACGGCCCCAGGCUACCUCCGAUUCUACAGAGAAAAGUGGCUUCGAGGGGAAAGAAAAUUCGUUGGCGUUGUCCUUCAACGGGGUGAGGUAUUGCCACGGGACGAACAGGCUCGAGGCCGCAGUCGAUACUGUGGCCUUGUUGACCACAAUAACUUGGCCGCAUCAAGCCCUGUCUCACAGGCAUUGUGA